AAAACCCCAACAAACUGAAGCACACUGAACCGAACACACGCACGCACGUGCCCACGCAGCCGCAGUUAGCCAUAUCGCCGCCCGCCCAGGUCGCCAUGCUCGCCUACCUCCUCCACGCCCCCGCCGCCGCCGCCGCCGUGGUGCCCAGCCCGCUCUCCCUCCGGUCGCCGGCGCCGGCGGCCGCCCAGAGGACGCCCUUCCUCCCGUCGUGCCCCAUCCGCGUGCCGCCGCCGAGGAGGGGGCGCGCCGCCGCCGCCGCCGCCGUGGUGCCCAUCGCGGCGUCGCUGCUCGAGGGCCCCGUGCUGGUCUGGGCCGGGAGGCUCUGCCUCUACUACGCGCUCCUCCACAUCGGGCUCGCCGGCUCCCCCCGCAGCCCCUUCCUCUCCCACGAGAUUGGCGACGACGGCGCCGGGGACAGCGACCUAGGGUUCUCCAAGUGGGCGGAGAAGCUGCGUGGCAGCGCACCAGGAGAAAAUGAAGCUCAGGAUAAGAGGAAGCUAGUUAGCAAAUGGAAACCAACGACUAAAGGCACACUGAAGAGGACUUACCGAGUUCGCUCAAAAGAAGAAGGUCGGCGGAUUCUUAAAGAAAUUGCUUUGGUUCUCUCUGAAGAUGACCACUUUGUGGAUGCGUCCACUCACAAGGGCUGUCAAAUAAGGAGGGAAAGCGCACAUGGUGAGAGUGUGUGCUGCUAUAACGUGAGAGCUUUGUUUGAUGAGCUUCCUACUCCCCACCUAGUUUUGGAGAUUACAGCUUUCCCUGCUGGACCUCUUACUGAUAACGACUACCGCAAGGCCGAGAGGCUCGAACUGGUGCUGAGGAUGAGUGCUUCCAUCUAAAUCAGAUCACCCAUUUUCCAUUUCACCUUACUUUUGCCCAAGUUGUAAAUUUUCUACCAAUGGGCCUGUAAAUCGAUUCAGUGUUGCUAAGAACUACUUGUAAAACCUGAAUUCUGCCCGACCUCCUUAGAUCAUUUUAAUGGAAAAUUUCUUUGCUACUAACUGUUGGCAAGUGUCUAAUUCAUGGGCCAUUUACUGCCCUGUUUAUCAUCCAUAUACCGCUUAAUUUCAG